AUGUAUUGUUUUCUCUUGUUCUCAGACAGUGGGCACGGCUCACCGCCUGGAGCAGCCCCUCAGAGGCAGAGGCUGACACGGAGACCAGGCUACAUGAGAAGCACAGCCGGUCCGGGGAUCGGGUUCCUCUUUCCAGCAGCGGGCAUGCCAUGCCAGACCUCGGCACGACUGGCAGGCCAGGAGUCCUACUACUCACAGACUAAGACUGGGCAGUGUGGCCUCAGCCCCAGCGGCCGCUGUCAGGUGGUGGGCAGCCCUUUGCUCAAGAGCUUGCUUGCCCCUGCUGUGGCCUCUGUGGGCCACUUGCACCCAGAUCAGAGCUCUAUGAGAGAAACACCAGUGCGCUUUGGGGUUCAUUCCAGAAAUGGCAACAAACUACUUGAGAGGCUGACCAGGCCAUGUAGGCCUGGGGACAGUGGAUGUAGACAAGACUUUUUAUCUCCUAACAGCUCCAAGUCCCUGGCCCCUAGCCUUGAUGUAGCCUUGAGUGAGGGCUCAAGGGGCCUGAAGACUGUGAAGCCUCUGCCAUCACUAGAGUUGAAUGGCCUUGCUGACAUCCCAGUUCUUCCUGGCUCCCAAGACACCUUUACUUCCAGCUUUAGCUUCAUCCGACUCUCCCUUGGUGCUGCUGGAGAACGUGGGGAAGCAGAAGGUUGCCUACCAUCCCGAGAGGUCGAAUCCCUUCAUCAGAGCCCCCAAGAGAUGGCAGCUGGAGCAUCCAGUUCAGACAGGCCCCAUGAGGACCCUCGACAUCUCUGGACCUUCAGUCUUCAAGCCACUCCAGGUUUGGUGGACUUGGAUCAGGUGACAGGGAGCAAUAGCAAGCUGGAAUGUGACAUGGCCUCCUCCUCGGACACUGGCUUCUCUUCCCAGGAUCUGUCUUCAGCCAGUGGGUGGGGCGACCAGGGCAGCAGCGGGGCGGAUACCUGCGGAUGGGAUGCUUUGAUCAGCAAAUGGGAGCCGGUGCUACAGGACUAUCUAUUGAGCAACCGCAGGCAGCUGGAGGUCACUUCCUUAAGUUUAAAGCUUCAGAAACUUCAAGAAAAAGCGGUUGAGGAUGGCGAUUAUGAUAAAGCAGAGACACUGAGACAGCGAUUGGAAGACCUGGAACAGGAGAAAGGCCGCCUGCCUUGGGCUCUGCCUUCUCAACAACCUGCUCUUGGCAGCUUCUUGGGCUACCUGGCAGCACAGACCCAGGUGGCUUUGCAUGGAACCACCCAAAGGUCUGGCAGCGAUGCUCCAGAGGCCCCACUUGAUGGAGAGCCAAGGACCACUGCCCAGGAUAGUCCAUCUGCAUCCAUCACCAGGCGGGACUGGCUUAUUCGAGAGAAACAGCAAUUGCAGAAGGAAAUCGAAGCUCUCCAAUCAAGGAUGUCUGCGCUGGAGGCAAAAGAACAACAGCUGAGCCAAGAGUUGGAGGAUCAGGAGACACUGCUCCAGUGGCAGGGCUGUGAUCUGAUGCCACUGGUGGCCCAGCUGUCCCCAGGACAGCUGCAGGAAGUCAGCAAGGCCUUGGGAGAGACAUUGACCUCUGCCAGCCAGGCUCCUUUCUGUGUGGAGCCACCUGAAACCCUUAGGAGCCUCCAGGAAAGGACAAAAUCACUGAACUUGGCUGUUAGAGAAAUCACCGCUCAGGUGUGCUCAGGUGAGAGGCUGUGCAGCUCUCUGAGGAGGAGACUCAGUGACCUUGACACCAGUCUGCCUGCCUUGCUGGAAGCCAAGAUGCUGGCCAUAUCAGGAAGCCACUUCUUUACAGCCAAAGAGCUCACGGAGGAGAUUUGGGCACUGUCGUCAGAGCGGGAAGGACUAGAGUUGCUCCUGGGCAGGCUGCUGGCACUCAGCUCCAGGAAUGUCAGAAGACUGGGCAGUGUCAAAGAGGACUAUAUCAGGUGCAGACAGGACCUGGCACUCCAGGAAGCCGCCCACAAAGCAAGUGUGAAGGCAAACACUGUGAAGUACAUGGAAGUGCUGGAGAGUCAGCUGCACAGCUGCAGGUGUCCACUGCUUGCAAGAGUGUGGAAAGCCGACUUGGAGGCUUGUCAGCUGCUGAUGCAGAGUCUACGGCUCCAGGAAGCAGGCAUCAACCCACAUGCAGAAGAUGAGAAGCAGAUGGACAGCAUAGGAGAGGCCACCUGGACAGCCACCCUGACUGCCCAUCCCAGACCACACCCAGAAGAGGAGAAGACCCCCUUGCAGGUGCUCGAUGCAUGGAGCACUCACUCAACCCCCUUACCACACUGUGCUGGAGGCCAACAGAAAGAGGAAUCUCAUGUCGUUUCUGCUGAAGUUGGAGAAAAAUGUGAAGCCAUAGGCAUGAGGCUCCUGUACCUCGAAGAUGAACUUCACAAGGCUAUCCACAGUCGCGAUGAAGCUCUCUUUCAGUCUCUCCAAGGGGAGCUCCAGAUGGUGAAGGAAACACUGCAGGCCAUGAUCCUGCAGCUCCAGCCAACAAAGGAGACAGGAGGAGAAGCCACAGCUUCCCAUUCGACAGCUGGUGUUCAGGAAGCACAGGCCUGAGGUGUGAGCAUUAAGUG